CCUACUUCCCACCAUCCCAUCAAGCCACUUCUCAAAAAGCAACUCCAACUCCCUCUAUAUCCCACUACACCCCCUAGCCCCCCUUACACCCCAUCAACAUCCUCCAAAAACCUCCAUCACCUUACUCUACACCCUCUCCUCCAAUCAACCCUCCCACACCCACCCUUCACCCCUGCCCCUCCAACUCAGCAACCAUGA